GAAGUUUUUUGACAAAUCUUAUAGAAAAUAAAAAUUAUUAAUUAUUAACAACGAAUCUUAUAUAUACUUAUAUACAGUAUAGUAUAAUAAUGUAUCAAAAAUUAUUAUUAUUAUUAUUAAUAACAAUAUUUACAAUAAUUUUAAGCAAAUGUAAAGCUUUAGAUUUGUCUGACUGUCCCCAUGAAUGCAAUUCUAUUAAAUCCAAUAAUUCUCAACCAAUUUGUGCCUCAAAUGGAAAUACUUAUGAAUCGAUUUGUGAGAUGAAAAAAUCCAACUGUAGUCUAACUCAAGAGGAUUGGGAGCACUGUAGAGGAAGACAUCCCUUAUGUCCAUCCGAUUGUCUCGACAUUCAGGAUCCCGUUUGUGCCGAAGACGGAAAAUUUUAUCCAAAUAAAUGUGUACUUCAUAAGAGAAACUGCGGCAAGAAAAUUGCUGAACGAUCGCCACUAUUCUGCUUCGGGAGGAAUAGACAGGGAAGAAAAUAUGAAAGUUGUCCCAAAACGUGUCUCGAGUUCCCGAAACCCGUCUGUGGAAGUGAUGGCCAAAUAUAUCUGAAUGAAUGCCAAUUAAGACAACGUAAUUGCGGUACUGAUGUUAAAAUUGUGGCAAUGAAUGAAUGCGUCAAAACAGGAAGUUGUCCGGACCAAUGUUUAGCAAUCUAUGAUCCCGUGUGCGGAUCCGAUGGCAAAAUAUAUUUAAAUCACUGCAAAAUGCUUCGCGAAAACUGUGAGACCGGCAUAAAGCAAAUGCCGCUACAGUUUUGUGUCGGAGAUGAUGAACAAAAAAUCUAAUUAUUAUUAUAAUUAUUAU